GGCGGUAGUGAUUGGCAGCAAGGAGGCCACUGCGCAGCAACACUGGCACUGGCCUGCACUGGCAGGGCAUACCAUAAUAGUGCAUAUUGCUUGAUGCCAACCCUACCAAACCAACCUUGCAGCGCCUUGGAUCCACGGGUGCUCUACCCGCCUACAACUAGUACACGGCAGGAAUUAUACAGUACCUAGGUAUUGACUAUUCUACCUACCUAGGAACCUAGGUACGCUGUUGAAGUUUGGCGAGGGCGAGGCCGCGAAACGCCAGCAGAGGGCCUACAGUACAAUGUUGUAGGCCCAUCAGGCUAUCCGCAGGUCUCUUGGGCCUGCACCUAGCGGCAAGCUGCGGCACUACGCCGCUUCACUUGGCCCUCUGGCGACGGUUUCGUCCCGCAAGCAAGGUAGGCUUGCACCAGGGUGGACUCGACUGAGUGGGCUUCCUGGAGCGUUGGCUGCACAGGCUGUCGCAGGCGAAUGUUAUGGUGGAGCAUGAUUGACACUCUAGCCACGGCAGACUGGCACUAGACGAAAAGGAGAUGGUGGUAAUGGUAUUGUCACCCGUCACGUCCAGUCCAGGGUGCGCGUUGUGCACCUCAGGCUGUGUCCAUGUACGUUGUCCGCAGCCACUCACCGGCAUCAACGCAACCACCCAAAGCUGCAAAGGCUCCCAUUCUUCUCCUCCGGCCUCCUCUAUACUAGACCCAACUCCACCUGCUCCAAGCUAUCCGAGUGUCUGCCAACCCCCAUCGCUCAAGCUUUGCUUCAGCCACCGUCAGCAAAGUCCAGCCCGUCGACGGCGGAAUCCAUCACGCAAGCAUCCUCAUCUGAGACAUUUGACGCGCGGGCACUUGCCACCUUCAACAUCCAUCUCGCUCAACAAGACGUAUCUACCAACAACUGAGAUCCUUGCCCGCCUGCAGAUAACCUUUGAACCGAUCCCACGCAAGCAAUCCGUAUACAGAUUGUGCCACCACUAUCAUAUUUCGCUUGUUCGAUUGCAAUUGCCAGCCACAGAUCCACAUGUUCGAUGGCUUAAUUAUAAUCGUUGAUGGUCCUGUCGAAGGGUCCCACACUACAUCCGAGAGAUUCCAGCAGUGCACGCCGUCAACCACCCCCGCCGAAACACCGUUGACAGUUGUGCUGUUCGCCGUGAGGAACAAUCAACAGAGGAACUACAUUGUACAGUUGUAGCAAAUUGAGAAUCGCGGCAAUGAUUGGGAGCUUGGAGGAAUAUGAGCAUUAAUAAGAAAUGAUUUGCAGCAGGCAUGCAACAACACAUAAGCCCCGGACACAAUUGACAGGCCAAUGCCUUCUGUAAGGAAUAAAUGAUCGUCGUGACGAAUAAUGUUUCCAAUUAUUCAUUCCGGACAACUGCAGGCCGAUCUUUAUCAUUGUAGCAUCAUCAUCAGCAACAUCAGCAGGAUUGGAGAAUCAUCAUCAUCACAAAAUUGUGGAAAAGGCAAUGCCUCGUCGUCCACAUCGCUCACAAUAAUAAAAAAAUAUGGGGCAAGUAAGGUCCGAAGCACUUGUUCCACCCACCGCUGUCUAGAUCCAAAUAUUUGUUUGAUCGUCGAGCAGAGCGAGAAUGCGCAAUGGUCGGCUUGCUGCAGCUAAAGACUGUGUAGAUAUGUACCAGGUGUGUUUACCUUGAACGCGAGCGGGUUGAUAUUAUUAUUCUGUCCCCAUGUAUCACCACAUGUAUUCGAGUGGGGAAGACAAUUCGCCGAAAGGUGUGUUUCUGUCCGCCGAGGCCGCGUAACCCUCAUGUACCAAAAACUCGGAAUGAGCACCAAGUAACCACGGAAGGUCGCCAUAAUUGCACAACAUGACACGUUUGCUCUGCAUACGUUGUUCAACUUCGAGUGUAGCUCACAAAUGUGCAAACCUCGCAGAACUCCAAGUUGAUGAAUGCAGAACAUUUGAAGCACCUUGCUGACUGAUGUCGCUCAUGCUGAGGAGACGCACAACCCUCUCGCCAGCUCACGUGACAUGAUUACCUCAGCGUUUACGUCUUUGCCAAUCAGGCAGUAGUGCCCUAUUGGGAAUAGCAAAAGGACAGCCAGACAUCAUCCAUCGUGAAAGCGAAAGUCAGUAAUGAUCUUUUGGAAGUUAGUUGUCUGCGUGUGUGUUUUCGUUGGAGACUUUGCACCCUAUACAAGAAAACAUCUGUCGCUCGUUCUUGGGAAGUGUGGUCUUUUGCGCAUGGUCAGAACCUGAAAAUUCGAGGAAGGGUUGAAUGUUGGCUCGUCCCUGGUUAGCCAUGUCACUCCGCAGAUCUAACAGAAUCGCCUCCAUUGUCAUUCCUUCUGAAGCAGAAUUGUCAAACCCAUUGAGCAGUGUUUCGAAGAAACGUGCCACAAGCGAGCAAGCAAAUGGAAACAAGACCAAAAAGACGAAGCAUGGAAGCGAGCAAAGCCUCACGACUGGAAAAGAAGGAGAGCCGGAGUUCAAAGUCCCAGUGACACCAAUGAAAGGCACAGGGCGGGGAUCGGCAAAGUCACCUAAAAAGCCGCCCUUGACGCCCACGCCCAGUCUCGUCAACGUUAUUCGAGCACCCUAUGGCUCGGGGGAUGUUGAUGAUUCGACACCGCCGCCAGAGCGCCCUGUUGAGCCUCAUGUCACUAAUGCUACAUUGGUAACGCCGGGAGGUACGCAGAAGGUAGCAUAUCAUGAUAGGAUGGCGAACUCUUCGCCGUCCAAAACAGGACUGCCUCCACCGACUGCUACAAGCACCACAAUCCUGGAAGAAGCAUGCAAUCACCUUAUCAGCGUUGAUCCCCGGUUCAAGACUUUGAUAGAGAAGCAUCCUUGCCACCUCUUUUCCGCAAAAGGUCUCGCCGAGCAAAUCGAUCCCUUUCGAUCCUUGGCAAGCAGUAUCAUGGGCCAACAAGUGUCCGGCGCGGCCGCGAAAUCCAUUAGGAACAAGUUCAUCGCCUUGUUCAAUGAAGAAGGCACAGACCAAGCAAGAUUUCCUACGCCGGCUCAAGUUGCUGCCACUGACAUUGCUCGUCUGCGACUCGCAGGUCUUUCUCAGCGCAAAGCCGAGUAUAUCCAAGGUCUGGCACAAAAGUUUGCCACGGGAGAACUGACGGCCGAUUUGCUUAUGCGAGCUACGGAUGAGGAAGUCAUGGAGAAGUUGAUUGCCGUCAGGGGCCUGGGCAAGUGGAGCGUUGAAAUGUUUGCCUGUUUUGGCCUGAAGCGAUUGGACAUUCUCUCAACGGGCGAUCUUGGCGUCCAACGAGGCAUGGCUGCAUUCUUUGGCAAAGAUGUCAAGAAACUCAAGGCAAAAGGCGGCGGGAAAUGGAAAUAUAUGUCGGAGCAGGACAUGCUGGACAAGUCUGCACCGUUCGCACCGUACCGAAGUUUGUUCAUGUGGUAUAUGUGGAGGGUGGAGGAUGUGGAUAUCGAUGUCAUGCAGAAUAGCAUGUAACAUUAGAGACUCAUGAACCCUUGCGGUAUAUACACAGUUGUUUGUAGGGCCAUCCACAUCUUGACCAUGUCGGUCUCCGUGUUUUGACUCUGUUAUCAGAUCUAGCUCUUUGACAUUUACUUCUUCC